AUGUCGACAAUUAAACGGAGUUCGACAUUUGACGAUUUUGAAUUGGAUGAUCGGCUCCUACAGGUAAGAGUUAUAUUAAAUUUAUCAUGUUGUUCUAGGCUAUUCGAGAUCAACAAUGGAAGAAACCGACUCAGAUCCAAGAAACUUUGAUUCCGAUGGCUUUGGAAGGCAAAAAUAUUAUAGCCAGAGCUCGUACUGGGAGUGGAAAGUCAGCAGCUUUUCUGCUACCUAUAAUUCAGAAGGUUUUGGCUAAUACGGAUAAGAAUGUAAGUGUUAUAUGAUGGUAGACCAAUUAUAUCUUUAAAUUUAGGGAGAUGAAGGAGAAUUGACAACGUUGAUCGUGGCACCAACAAAAGAGCUUGCAACACAACUUUUCAAACUAAAUACAUCUUUGACUUUACGUUUUCCAUUUUUACAAGCUGUUAAUUUGUCAGAGAAUGAAAGCGCUGGAGAGGAUGUGCUUCUUCAGUCUAACGUCGACUUUUUGUUUGGCACUCCAGGAAGGAUAUUGGAAUUGAUAAAGAAGAAGGAGGACUUGUUGAAGAAGAUUAACACAGUUGUAUUGGAUGAAGCUGAUUUGUUGUUUAGUUAUGGUUAUAAAGAAGAAUUGGUGUAAGUUUAUAUAUAAUAAUAUAAUCUUUGAUUUUUACAAAAUUUAUAAGAGGUUUCUUAUCUUUAUGUAUGAAAUGAAGUAAAGCAUAUACAGGUAUUAUAUUUCUGUUUUCAGGGAACUAAAGGAGCAUCUUCCAAAGAAGUUUCAAGUGAUUAUGACUUCAGCUACGAUUGAAGAAGACAUGACUGACAUCAAGAAGCUGUUUGUUACUGGCACGUUGGCGUCUGUUAUGUUGAAGGAAGGUAAUCUACCAGGUACAGAUCAGCUGACACAAUACUCGAUUUUCUGUAACAACGAUGAAGAACGGUUCACUAUUUUGGUAUCACUGAUUAAACUAAAGUUAUUAGCUGGGAAAGCUAUCUUCUUUGUUUCUUCUAUUGACCGAUGUUAUAAGUAAGUUUGUUUUAUUGUAACUAUGACAUAUUUAUAUAAACGCUAAAUUUUUGCUAAACACGUUUUAAUAAAAGCGAUGUAGUUACCUAAAUAUGACAUAAAACUAUUCAUGAAACGUAAAAUGCAAAAUAAUAAUUUCAGGUUACAUUUGUUCUUGCAAGGAUUCAAAAUUAAGUCUUGUGUCUUGAAUUCUCAGAUGCCUGCCAACUCUCGGUCACAUGUUAUCAACGAGUUCAAUGAAGGAAAGUACAAGUAUAUUAUCGCUUCAGAGAUGAAAGACGUAGGAGAAGGGGAAGAAGAAGAGCCGAAGAAAAAGAAGAAGAAGCAGAGAAUCAAGCACGACAAGGAAUCUGGAGUUUCUCGAGGAAUCGACUUUCAUUUCGUGUCAAAUGUCAUCAACUUUGACUUUCCUUGGAACUUGGACAAUUACAUUCACAGAGUUGGAAGGUAAGAUAAUUUUUUGAUUCCUUGGGAUCUUUGGGUUAUAGUUUUAAAUAGCAAUGAUAGUUUUUCAUAAAAAUAUUGUUGUAGGACGGCCAGAGGAUUCAACAAAGGAACAGCGAUAUCAUUUGUCGCUGAAAAUGAAAAGAAGACAUUUGAAAGUGUAAGGGACGAAAUCAAUGAACAAGGUGAGUAUUUUAAUUGAAUUUUAUAUUUGAAUUUAGAUUUUAAGAUGUAAUGAAGUAAUAUAUGUUGUUUUAGUUGGAGAAGAGGUGAUAAUGCCAUACGAGGUGAGAAUGGACGACUUUGACAGCUUUUUAAUUAGAUCCAGGGUAAGUUUUGCAACGUAUUUUAUUUCUAAUUCAGAUAAAAGGCGUUGUUGUGAGCUAAAGCAGGUUGAGCUAAAAGCAUGUUUAAAUAUUAUUCUUGGUCAUAAUUACAACUAAAAAGUCUUAAAUUGAUAAUUUUAGGAAGUUUUAAGUGCCAUUACUAAAACCGUGAUCCGAGAAGUGCGUCUGGAUGAAAUCAAACGUGAACUAUUGGCGUCACGUCGUCUAGAAGCCUACUUUGCCAAGAAUCCUCGAGAACGGUCGGCUUUGGAGAACGACAGAAAGAUGUUCGUCCUCAACUUACAUUCUACUGGAAUCGCUGAUGUCGCCGACUACAUGGUACCAAAAGCACUAAAAGGCCGAGACUACACAGAACCAGAGUUCGAACCGAUCAGAAGAAAGCGGAAACAGAAUCAGAAUAAGCACGCUAAGAACUUCAAGAAGCGGUCGAACGAUCCGCUCAAGAGUUUUGCUAUUUGA